CCAUUUUCUCUUAUCAUUUCUCUUUCUUCUUCUUCUUCUUUUCUCUUCUCUGUUCUUCCUCUGUAAGAGUCGAGUGAUGAAACUGAGAGCUAGUAAAGAUAGAUAUUGACUGAUGAAUUUAUUCAUAUGGUGAAGGAUGUAUUUUCGGUGAUUUUUAGAGAGGAAGAGAUUAAAGAUUGUUAGGGUUUUAUAGUGAAUCGGGCGAGUUGAAUUAAGGUUUCUGUCUUUAAAAUUUGGUGUAACUGAUGAUGAUGUUAGGAUGAUAAAGAUGAAAUAUUAAGAGGGUUGAUAUUUAAUUGAAGCUGUGGAGUUGUUUUAAGGGUUGAAUCAAGAUUUAGGGUUCUUGAGUUAACUGGAUCUUAGAAGGUGAAAUUGGGGUUUUAACGGAAGAAUUAGAAGAUGGGUUUGCUCGAUCUGGAGAGUUGAAUUGAUGUCCAGAACUCGAAUUUAGAAAAGAUAAUUUGGGGGAUUAAUUGAGGGUUCUCUGAGAAGUAGUAAAGGUGAUGGGAAGUUAAUGGUUGUUGUUAGUUUUCGAUAUGGGUUGUUGAAUCAUAAGUGAAGAAGAAAUUGAGUUUCAAUGGUUUGAAACAGAACUUAGUUGAGGUAAGGUCCUUCUCAGUUUUUUAACAGAGUUAUUUAUAUCCGGUUUUGAGCAUUUGUUGGUUAAUGAAAACUCAGGGUAGUAUCUUAAGUUUGCAUUUGAAUUACAAGUUAUGUAUAUGGGUUAGUAUGGAUUGGGAUGGAGUUGUUAUCGAUUGAGUUGCAGAUUAUUGUUGGUGGCUAGAGGCUGGUGGCGUUGUUUGUGUAUAUGAAGUUGUAGGUGUUAUGGGAUGGUUAUGAAACUGAGAAUGAUCUGAGAUGUGCAUUUGAAGUUGUAAUGGUAGUGUGGUUGAAGAUACAGGGGAUAUGAGUGGUUGGUGGAAGUUUAGGAAUUGUUUUGAGUGAACCAAUGAUUGAGGUAGUGAAGAGCUGAGGAUGGUGGAUAUGGAAUUGAGUUACAGUUGCAACUUGUGAACUGGUUCAAUCAGAGUCUGCAAGGCUUUUUGAAGUGAAAGUGUUAUAUGAAUGAUUAAUGAUUGUAAGUAGUGGUUUGGAGUAUCAUUGUGAAUAUGUACUAGCUCUAGCGGAGGCUUGCUACUGUUAUUGCAGGUGAAGUGAGAUGGAAAAAGAGUAGUUGUAAUGUUGUGUUGGAAGUAGUUGUGAAAGCCUGCAAUUGCAGAUCAGUUAGUCUGUAUUAACAAUGAUCAAUUCAAAGGAUGAACCAGUGGAUCGUGGAUCUCGAGGUAGGCGUGGCUUGUCAUCAAAAGAGGUUGCAAAAGUCAAAGAAGAAAGCUCUUAGUCCUCCUUCAAGACCUCCUCGUGUUGGUGAAAAACUCUUGACUUCAACACAUCGAGGGGCAUACGUUGUGCCGGGAACGCUCAAGAUCCGUGUACCGAAUGAUUGUGGACCACCAUUGGAACCUAGUGAUUCAGAUGAUACUCCAGAUGAAGACCAAUCAAUUCCAUCUGGUAGAAGAGGUGAUGAUGAUGAUGUUUAUGAAAGAACUCCGGCUGCUAGAGGAGGUAACAAUGAUGAUGGUGAUGAAGAAAUGCCUAAUGUUGGAGGAGGUAAUGAUGAUGAUGAUGAUGAUGAUGGUAAUGGAGAUAAAGAUAAGGAUAUGGAGGAUGAAAUUGUUGAGGAGGCAGAGGAACAAGAAGAAGCAGAAGAAGAAGACGGUAGAGAACAAACUGAAGCUAAUGUUGAACAAACCCAAGUUUCAACUGAAAUAGGAAAGAAGAAGAGGGUGAUCACUAACAGAUAAUUCCCACAUGCCUGCCCCUCACUUGAUGGUUGCACUGAAAAAAGGUGAGCGUCCAAGGGGGACCCCAAGAGAUGGUGGAGAAGUUCUUUUUGGAUACAAAGACUCUUGGGCAUGUACGAUCCAUAAUAUUAUCGAACACAAGCAUGUCGUCCGUCUCUUGAGGCGCCAAGCUUCGUGUUUAGUGACUAAGACUUGGGAUCUUGAUCUAGAAUGUGAGGAGGUGAAAGUGACUGUCAAGAACUCCGGGUUGUGGCCUGUGGUGGAGAGUUCGAAUAUUGAUCAUGAUAGAGUUGCCGUAUCUGCAUUCUGUGAGAGGUUCUACGGAGAGACUAAUACCAUGUUAUUCUCAUUCGGUGAGAUAGCGAUAAUUCCCGAUGAUGCUCAUCAAAUUCUAGGCCUCGAGGUUGUGGGAAAAGCAGUGUGUGAGGGCUUCGAUUAUGAUUUUUCUUUCAAGGAUAUUUACAAAUUGAGCCAGAAAAUUUUUGGUUGUAAUCAGAUUGAGCGGAGUCUAUGCUUGAGAAGAAAGACGGUCGUCUAACCAAGAAGUUUAAUCUGAAGAUGUUGAGGGACACAUAUCUGGGACCAAGAAAAUCUUUGAUGAUGAAGGAAGGGUCCACCCGGUGCGAAUCAAUGCUACCGCGUCAGUUUAUUUGCUUUACACCCUGGGCAAAUGUAUCUUCCCCGACAGUUCUGGAAGCUUGGUCGAUGCCAGUUAUUUGCAACUAAUGGAUCCCAUAGAUAAGGUGCGUGAAUAUUCUUGGGAUACUGCGGUGGUCGCCUUCUUGAACAAUGAGUUGACAAAGGAUUCUAGGGCGCUCACCAAGCAAGUUAACGGAAACACAUGUCUCUUCCAGGUUUGUAUAUAUGAGCACUUUCAUUCUUUUUUCAAAACUAACUCCUACGUCAAAGUGGAUGAGACUGUUGCGGUUGAUAAGCCAAGAGGGCAAAGGUACAGUUUUAAGGGUACUCAGGAUAAGGAAAUGCCGCAAAAUCUUAUCAAACUCCGAAUGGUCAUCGACAAAUUGACUGCGGAUGAUGUGAUAUUUGAUCCGUAUCGAGAUGCUAGAAAAAAAGGUUUAAUCCAAAGGAGAGAUGAAGUUGGAUUAUACUAUGGACCCUUGAUGUUGUGCGAUGGAGGAUAUUCAAUGUACGAUCCACAUCGAGUAAUGCGACAAUUGGGUUACGUCCAAGAAGAACCUCAUUUCGAUGAAGAUAAGCCGUUCUUUACUGUGAAAAUGGAUGAAUGCACCACGUCCCAAAAAACUAUUAACGUCGCUUACGAUCCAGCGCCAGUUCAAGAACAUUGGGACAGUAAACGUCGUCGUAAAAUCUAUGUGAGUCUUUUGGACGAGGUGACCACCGGUCGUGAAGCUAGUGAGAAAUACAUGGCGUGGUACUUGGGUUGGGCUCGUCCUACUGUGAUUAGGGAAAUGACUGCUGAAGAAUUGGCUCGUAAGAGGAAGAUGGCAUCGAAAGACCCAGCAACAAGUCUUAAGUUCUUUAAAGAGCAGUUGAAGACCUUUGUGAAGGUAUGGUGUUGCGCGAAAGACCGAGGAGAGCCUUUGUCGAUUGAAGAGCAAAGCAAGCACAUUGACUAUGCUUGCAAUAUUGACAAUGAGGAUUCCCAUGAAUUGUUCAAGCAAGUUGAUGCUGAAGUAAAGAGGGAAAAAAGAGCCGGGAAAGAAGCACAAGCCAAGAUGAAUGCUGAUAAAAAGAGGGCUCGUAGUGAUCGUGGUGGUGAAGGUAGUAGUAGUGGUCGUGGUGGUGGUGGUGAAGGUAGCAGUAGUGGUGGUGUUCCUAAACGGGGUCGUGGUCGUGAAUGAAUACUUUCCUACUUUAUUUCUUUAUGUCGUGUUGGAAAAAUGUGAAGGUUAAAGGUUGGACAAAUUUUUUUUUAAGGUUUAUGGGACAUGUUUUCGUAUUUUGGACAACAAGUGUUGGAUUUCUAGUUGCUGAAUAAAUGGUUUUUUUAGAUA